AUGCUGCUGUGUGGAUUGCUCCCGGCUCCUCGAGGAUUCUGGGCGCCGGGGCUAGCAUCGCGGAGGCAGAAGCGCACGGCUGCAGCAACGGCAUUCUUUGCUCCGGCUUUUGCGUCGCGGCCAUACACGGCUGUGCUGAUCGUCCCGACUGGAACUGGGGCCUGCAUUGGCGGAUACGCAGGCGAUGCUCUCCCCGUCGCCAGAGCUCUGGCUUCCAUCGUCGAUUGUCUCAUCACACAUCCAAAUGUGCUGAAUGGAGCUAUGCUUUACUGGCCGAUGAGCAACGCCUUGUACGUCGAAGGCUACGCUCUCGAUCGGUUUGCCGCUGGUGCCUGGGGUCUCAGCCCCGUCCACCGGAACAAAGUCGGUCUCGUCCUCGACGCCGGGAUUGAGCAGGAUUUGCGACUGAGACAUCUACAAGUGGCUGAUGCUGCUGCUGCAACUCUUGGAACUUCGAUUUUCGAGCACGUCGUCACUGACGCAUCACUCCAGGUUGAGAAGUGGAUCGAUGGCAAAACCGGUGCUUCUACUGGUCGCAUUGCCCGCUCUGAUUCUUUGCUACGAGCUGUAGAGAAACUUGUCAGAGAUGCUGCGAUCGAUGCUGUAGCCGUGGUAGCACGCUUUCCAGACGACGAUGUGGAGGUGUUGAAAGACUAUAGGCAAGGUCAGGGUGUCGAUGCUCUGGCUGGAGUCGAGGCUGUGAUUAGUAAAAUGGUGGUGAGUGAGUUUCACAUCCCUUGCGCGCACGCACCAGCAUUGGCUCCUUUGCCAUUCGAUUCGUCUGUUUCUCCUAGAUCUGCCGCGGAAGAGAUUGGAUACACCUUUCUUCCUAGCGUUCUCGCGGGAUUAAGCAAGGCUCCUCAAUAUGUUAGCAGGGACAGCGAUCACAGACCUCACCGGAUAUGGGCCGAGGACGUCGAUGCAGUGCUAGUGCCGGUGAACGCCUGUGGAGGCGACGGAGUUCGUGCAUUCAGUAAAAAGGCUCGACAAAAGCCUCUGAUUAUUGCUGUGGAGGAGAACGUGACCGUCUUGAAUGACACUCCGGAGAAGCUACAAAUCGAAGCAGUGAGAGCAGCCAACUAUUGGGAGGCUUUAGGUGUUGUUGCGGCCCACAAAGCGGGGGUGAAUCCCAUGGCACUCAGAAGAGAUGGAGUUCUCCACAACAGGGAAGUCAAGCUUCGACAGAAAACAAGGACACUAAGCUAGACUUUACGAAGCGAUUCUUAACGACUAGAGAUAAAGAACUAUACACCCAACUUUUGUGUACGAACUUAGAGACGUAUCCGAAGGAUUUCUUUGAUCUGGCAGAGAUGGUGAUGAGCGCAUUUGCAGGACAGGGUGUCGGUUUUGGUAUUGGAAUUGGGUGUGGUUUUGGGAUUGGAUGGGGAUUCGGAGGAGUGUCGAUACCAACAAUGGGACUCGGCAUAGGUGAGUGAGAUCUCUCACGUUUUCUAAUACUUUGCUUUGAAGGUGGUGGAUGUGGGGUGGGGAUUGGGCUUGGCUGGGGAUUUGGAGCAGCGGCACUUGGAUCCCAAUACUUUAACGCCAAGAACGAGUUCGAUCCAGCCACCACAUAUCCACAAGAUAAGUCUGACAAGCACAAACAAAAGCCUUUGACCCAGUCAAAGAGUCAAUGAGAGCGCGAGAAAGUCAACCCUCUAUAAAUUGGAUAGAUUUAAAAGCUGCCAUGGUAGAAUUGCGGCUGACUUGCUUCCA